CCAAUCGCAGCAGAGAAUUGACGCGGGAGGAGGCUGUUGGUGGAAAACUGCUGGGGACGGCUGUGAUUUCAUGAGUUAUCAUCAUGUUGAUAAUAUAGAUGAUAUAGGAGAGUGGUUUUAGAGUGUCAUAACCGUAGGGCGAAAUGACAGCUGUGGGGGCUGGAAGGCGAUGGUUUCUAGUCGGUAACUCGGUGGUAGUAGUAGGUAGUAGUAGUAGAAGUAGUAGUAAAAGUAGUAGUAGUAGUAGUAAUAAUAGUAGUAGUAGUAGUAGUAGUAGUAGUAGUACUGACUACAGCCAACUAUGGAGAGAUGUGGCUUUCCCACUUCCUCGCCGUCUCUGUCUUGUCACCCUGUGGCCAUUUCAUUAUUCACGUUUUAGAUAGACACCCCCAAACCAUCUCCAUAUGAAGUACAGACUGCCA